UUUCCAUACGUUCUGUGACUCUGGAGAACCCUGCUUAAUACACUGACUAGAUCUAAAACACAAGGGAGCAACACUAAGAAACCAGAAACAAGGAACAGUUAGAGGGAUCCUGUGUGUCCCAAGGGGGUGACAACAGUCUACCUCCGGGACAGCUGUUACCGUUCUCUCCACACUGCAGUCUGGCGCUGAGCUCACUUUAUCUCAAGGUUACUCCUGAGCGAAGAUGGCAGACGAGAAGCUGCCGCCCGGCUGGAAGAAGUAUAUGAGUCGCAGCUCAGGCCGGGAAUACUACUUCAAUCACAUCACCAACGCCAGCCAGUGGGAGCGGCCCAGCGAAGGCAGCAGCAAGAACGGCCAGGGUGAGCCUGCCAGGGUGCGCUGCUCACACCUGCUGGUGAAGCACAGCCAAUCUCGGAGGCCCUCAUCCUGGCGCCAGGAAAAGAUCACCAGGAGCAAGGAGGAGGCCCUGGAGCUCAUCAAUGGCUACAUCCGGAAGAUUAAGUCAGGAGAGGAGGACUUUGAAUCUCUGGCCUCACAGUUCAGUGACUGCAGCUCUGCCAAAGCCAGGGGAGACCUGGGUGCCUUCAGCAGAGGACAGAUGGAGAAACCGUUUGAGGAUGCAUCGUUUGCUCUACGGACUGGGGAGAUGAGUGGGCCCGUGUUCACGGAGUCAGGCAUCCAUAUCAUCCUGCGCACAGAAUGAGGGCAGGCACCUGGCCAGCCUGCUCCGGCUGCCACACAAGCCCAUGGACGCUCUUCCUGCUGCUGUCACACAGUACUGUUCCUAAAGUGACUGGAAGGGGGACUGAGCAUCCCGUUCCUUGUUUGCCCCCAUUUGGGGGCUGUCCUAGCCAGGCUCCUGGGGGAAUUGACUUCAGAAGGGCAAUUGGGUUGGGGAGACCCCCAGGCUCAGGGGAUCAGAGGUGACUUGAUCCUCCAGGUCUCGGAGGCAGGCAGGAGGGCCUUUUUUCUUGUUAGUUAUAUGCUCCAUUCCUCUGUUCAGUUGCAAAAAGCAGACACACAGCAACUCAGCCUCAAGAUGCAAUGCAGCACGCUAUACACCUUCCAUUAAAACUGGGACCG